AUGGCUGUCCCGGCUGACUCGGAAGGAGCCGCCCCAGACUCGCCCCCGGCCGAGCUGCAGCCAAAGACAGCGCGCUGGACGGCCCCGGGUGACUGGGCCUUGGCCGCUGAGCUGCUCUGGGACGGCGAGGCCACUUUGCAUGGGCACUGCGUCGUGGUCCGAGGGGACCGCAUCCUGGCGGUGUGCAGCGUCGAGGAAGCCACGGAAGCCGGGCUCGCUGUGGAGCAGCACAGGGGCUGCCUGCUGCCGGGGCUCAUCGACGCGCACGUGCAUAUGGAGUUUAGCGAGCACUUCCCGCUGCAUGAGCAGCCGCGCCUUGCGGCCAAGCAGCUGCGCGAGGCCAUGGCUGACAGAGCUGAGCGCAUGGUGCGCAGUGGGAUCACUACGGCUCGGGAUUUGGGCGGAAGAAACUUUGCUGCCUUAGGGCUCCGGGACGAUAUUCGCGAGGGCAAAGUGAAGGGACCUCGGCUGCUGUGCGCGGGGCAGCCCCUCACAGCACCGAAGGGCCACUGCCAUCAAUGGGGCGGCGAGGCCGGCUCAGUGCCAGAAGCCCUGGCAGUGGUUGACCGCCAGGUGGCGCACGGCGUGGAUUGGGUGAAGGUCAUGGCUACCGGCGGCAUGCGCACACCUGGCACCGAUGUCGAGGAGGCUGCGUUCAGCACCCAACUCUUGACAGAGGUUGUACAGAAAGCUUCUGCGCAUGAGCGUCCGGUGGCAGCGCAUGCACACGGCGCCAAGGGCGUUGUUGCAGCAGUAAAGGCCGGAUGUCGCACAGUGGAGCAUUGCACCUGGAUUGCAAAAGCUGGACAGUGGGGCUGUGUGGAUGACCAGACUGUGGAGGAGAUGGCGCGUCGAGGCGUGGCAGUGGCUCCUACAGCGCAUGCCAACUGGCGAUUCAAGCCAAUGGGAGAGCGCAACUUCGACCGCAUGGCAUUGGCGCUGCAGCGCUUGAAGGGCGCCGGCGUGCCCUUGCUUGCCUCCUCGGAUGCUGGGGCGAUCCCAGGACUGCCGCAUGACGCGCUGGCCGGGGGCAUCGAAGUGCUAGCGCACAUGGCCAGGAUGAGCCCGGUGGAAGCGCUUAGUGCAGCUACUCGCCGCAGUGCUGAGGUCUUGGGUUUGGGCCAAGAGUGCGGCCGCCUAGCUCCAGGGCUGUCCGCUGACCUUUUGCUGGUGGAUGGCGAUCCCACCCGGGAUUUGCACGUGCUGCAGUGGCCUAUCCUGGUAGUGGCGGCAGGCCGCCGGGUGGUGCCCGUUGUGCAGCCGCCGCCCAAGCCUCAGACAGCUCGUCCGCAUCGCACCCGCGCCCGCCACUGA